GCGAAGAUGCUUCCUAUUGGAGCCCAGGGAUAAACGCGACGGAGAGGUAGCCAGUAGCUUUACCAAAAGCUCCCUGAGCCCGGAAGUACGUCAAAAGCUUGGAUCUGAGCAUAAUCUAUGAGUGUUACAGGUUAUAUAUACUACAUAGUUCAAACAACUGGCCUGGAUAGAAGAAACAGUCUGAAAUCGCUUCCGGUUUCUAAACCUUUAGAAAAUUUUGUACCUUUCGUUCAACCUCCAGUCAUCCUUCAUCAUACCAAAGGAAAUGUCUCAAUAUGUGGUCAUGGUAAUUUGAAGGAUGUCUUCGUUAAAACCCCUGAAUUUAAAACUGCUACUCCUGGAAAAUUAAUUCUGCCAAAGCCAUUGGUUCAAGUGGAAAAGGUGAAUACAACCCCUAUUGUAGAAGCAAACCGAACUACACCAAAAGUAUCUAGCAUUCAGAGUAAUUUUCAUACAGGUGAUAGACUAACCUUGAAAAAGUAUACUACCCCAGAAAAGAGAAAUGCAGAAAAUGUACUCAUGAAUACAAAAAGUCUUCCUGUUACUGUGAAGCCUCCAGUACUGCCUUCUGGACAUCACCUCCAAAUACCAGCUGAUGCUGAAGUUAAAUCUGUUCCUGCUUCUUUCUUGCCACCAACAAUUCAACAGAAGAUAUUGGCAGCAGUGGCCUCUAGGGCAUGUGAAAUCACAAACACACCAGCUGUUAUUUAUGUGUCACCAGUAAAAACGGCUGGUUCUAAAACAUUGCAAAAUAUAUGUCCAAAACCAGUUGCAGAAGUUUCAAAAUCUUCAGUACUGACAAUGCCAGAAACAGCAGCCGAUAGUUCUGCCUUAGAUGUGGCAAAAUCUCAAAGUAAGAAGAAGCAGGCAACUCCUAUGAAGUGGGUUGUCCAGAAAAACCCAGAGUCCUCAGCACCUUGCCUUGUUCCGGUAAAGUCAUCAAAUCAUGAGGCAUCAAAGAUCUUGAAAACCUUGGUUGACAUGAAGGAUGUAAAAUGCAACCCUUCCAGCAUUCUUCCUGCCUGUUCUAACAGUCUGGGUGAAAGCCAAGCAAAAAUUACUUCUAUAAAAGAUAAUGCCCUGGUGAUGUACAAUGGGAAAGUGCAUUUACUGACUAAAAAAGAGUCCAGUGUUGUGUCAGCAAACAAGUAUGGCAAACAAGCAUCACCCAGUGCUGAAACGCACUUCAGAAAACAAACAUCACAGUUAAUUAGUUCAGCUGCAGAUAGUACAAUAACCAACCAAGUUGUCAGUUUAGUGUUGUCAAAAAGUAAAGGGAUUGCAUCUAUUGGAAAAGACACGAAAUCCAGUGAGAAUAUGGGACCUUGCCCACAGUCAGAAGGGAACGUGGGUAUAAAAGCUGCAUCCACUUUUUUUUCAUCCCCAUAUGGGAAUCUGCAAGUGAGCAGCACCAGCCAGCAUGAGUCAGUGUCCCGAUCAGGAAACAUUCCUGUUGGAAUGAAUGUUGCUCAAAAAUCAAUUUCAAGAGAAAAUGAAUACCAUAACAUACCAAAAAAAAAUUAUCCUAAAGCAGCUGCUGCUUUAUUAUCAGCUAUAGUGGAUGAUGCUUCUAAAGAGGAAGAGCAAAAGAUUAAGAAGAUCUCAUCAGGAAUGGCUAUUCAGAUCAAACAUAGGAAAGAGCAAAACAGAAAACAGGAUCUUGAGUUGAGAAAGAAAUUUGGUCUCUCUAAAGAGGAGAGAGUAUAUCUGAGGAGAAUUCCUUUACCAAUUUCUCUUACAAGAUCAGAAGCAACUAUGUGUUCCAACAGUGUACAAAUGAGUGACUCUUUCAACUUGCUGCAGGAAGUACCUACUAAACCUGAACCCAGAAAAGAAGAAAGGAUAAUUGGAAAACAGAGAGAAGAAAAUAUAAAGAGACAGACAAAAACACCACCAAUAUUAGCAAAUUCAAAGAGGAGGAAGCCUGAAGUUAAAAUUGCACUGAACUCAAAUUUGGAAUGUACGAACUCUUAUUCAGUAAUGGAUAACCAGAGUAGCCCUUGCAGACAAGUUGCAUCACAGCAAGAAAAUCCUGCAAGCUUUCUGCAGUUCUCUCAGAGAGUGGAUUGUGAACCUCAUUCUUGUGUUCAAAGUAAUGAAGAGAACAACAUUUUGACCCCCACUUCACCCUGCUGUGAAAAUGAAACUUUCCAUAGUGAAGGUUUUUUCAGAGAGGAUAUUUUUCCAUUCAGCCCCCCAGACUUGGGGGAAACAAUAAGAGAUGAAAAAAUAACAAGACUUAAACUCCUGCUGAGAGAACGAGAGGCAGAACUAGAGGAAAUUCGUAAAAAAAUGCAGCAGACUUAACAAACAUAGUGUUUACCCAGCCCAAAAUACUGCUGCAGCCCCUUUGCUUCUGUGAUUUGCUAAAAUGUUACCUGUUGAUAUUUAUGGUUAAAACUAACACAAAAAAUAAUCAAAUUUUCUGAUGCUUACAUGGUAUUAAUUGGUGCAAUUAAUUCAGAAAUUAUUUCACUGUCUUCACAAUUUUAUAGUAUAGUUAAUAUUUUUGCUGUCAUUUAAGU